UGUUCGUAUAAGAAGGUAGCAAACAAAGACUUUCAAAACUUAAACAAUUACUGAUGUUCACUUACUUAAAAACAUAUGAGAUUGUAAUUUAAGCACAAAAUAUCAUGAUGGCGGAUGGAAGUCUAAAUAUGUCUAUUGACAAUGAUAUAUAUUUGAUGGCGGCGAAUGAAAGCAUAAAUGCAUCUUUUGAUAAUGAUGAGUAUUUGAUGAUGGCGAAUGGAAGUAUCAAUGCAUCUACUGAAAAUGAUGACUAUUUGACCUACGAUUCAAACUUUGAAUUUCCAAAAUUGUAUAAAACAAUUCGGAAUUGUGUAGCUUGGGCAAUAAUUGGUUUAGUUUUAUCAUCGCUUUUUGGAAACAUUAUGAUAAUUGCAGUUAUGUUACAGAAGCGGAACAGAAAAUCUUCAACAUCAUCGUUUUUCAUUGCUCUAGCAGUUUCUGAUAUGUCGCUUGCAUUGUCAGUCUCGUUCGAGAGAUGGCUUCUUUUGAUAUAUAAUGUAAGUGUUUACGGCAUAAACUCUUAUAUAACAACCACAAAAGUUAUCUUAACCUAUUCGAACGUUCAGUUUUCGUCGUGGAUGCUUGCUUGCAUAACUGUUGAAAGGGUACUAAGUAUCGCCAUGCCUUUUAGAAUAAAAGAAAUUUGUUCAAAAACACGCGCUGAAGUUAUUAUAUUUAUUGUCUUUGUUGUCAUAUUAUGUCUGAAUACGGUCGAGUUUACGUUAUUAGUUGACAUACGAUACAUUGAAGGUAUGGGCAUGAUACAUAUAAACAAAGUUGAUGAUGGUGAAUUGAUUAUUGCCUGGACGGACUUUGCAAACUCCUUCUUUAUUCCAAUAAACAUCAUCGUAAUUGGCUCAGUUUACAUCAUUGUUAAUCUACUUCGCGUUAACGUAAACAAGCAAGUUACCAACAAACAUCGUAACAAGUCAGUUACCAUGACCUUGCUUGGAGCAAACAUCGUCUUUGUCUUAACUAUGUCUCCAUAUGUAUUCUUACAUCUUGCUAGAUUUCACUUUAAUUCACUUUAUCUGUUUCAGACAGUAUCACACAUUUUCAUGUUUCUCUCCGAUAUGAAUUGUGCUCUAAAUUUCUUUGUUUACGUGCUAAGUGGGGCUAAGUUUAGAUCGGAUGUGAUGCAGUUACUCGGAUUUAAAAUAGCAAAGCCUUAAUAAAAUGAUAUGUUACAUAGACAGUUACCUAAAACAAACACAAAAUAAAAAAAUGAAAAAGCCAUGAAUGCCAUGGAAUUGAUGUUUAACGUGAAACAUGAAAGUUGAACUAAUUGUGGAGUGAUAUGAUAUUUUUGUGUUGGAAAACAUGGAUAUAAUUAUAAAAAAUCGAAUUCUAACGGAUGGAGCACGUA